GACAGGCAGAGCGGCGUGCGCUUGGCGAGACAAAGGCGGUGGACCAGGGAACAGGAGAAAGAGGCUAGACACGGAUACAAUUUUAUGAAGGUAUCUGCAUGGAAACAUCAUGAUAGACUCAAAACCAAUGCAAAGAAUGACGGGUCGAUAAAAUAACUCAGAAUUCGGCUGGUGUCGUAUCUUAUCAAGAGCGUGUUUCCUCUUAGUUUUUAUAGAAACAUUUUCUCCAACGCCCCCAAUUUAGCAGGCUAGAUAGCAUAGCGCACUCGUAUCCUUCUUUCUCUCAAGAAUAAAAAGAGAGGAAUCGCACCUACACACUUCACAUCGAAAAGUGAAAAGGUGCGUUCGAUAACUACACACACAGGCGACCAAGAUCUGAUGGUAAACCACGGGGACUAUGCCUAGUCCUUUAUUCCACCCCGAGAUUAUGGACCACGACAUGGUAAUCAGCAGUCAGCACAACGGGGUCAUCUUGCCUCGGGAGACAGACCAAGAGUCCCGGGAAGAAGACCACCAAGAGGCGCUUCGCUUCGCCCUGGACCAACUGUCACUCAUGGCCCUAGACAAGGUGGACUGUGGGGGCGGUGGAGGCGGACUAGUUGACCCGCUCGACGGGACUCAGGGACCGGGCUCGGAGAAUUGCAACGGAGUGAGUGGAGGAGGUUAUGUUGAUCUCCAAAUGUUGGAGCAUCCCGGUGGCUCCCGGGACUCCCCGACGUCCUGCUCUCCAUCUCCAGAGUAUUACGGAUCGGGUGGUUACCACAUGGCUGGUCCACACUCUAUGCUUCACGGGGAACAAAGCUCUGUCCUUUGCAACCGAAAGAGGAGUGUCAACAUGACUGAAUGCGUGCCUGUUCCAAGCUCGGAGCAUGUUGCAGAAAUAGUGGGUCGACAAGGUUGUAAGAUCAAGGCCCUACGUGCCAAGACUAACACCUACAUAAAGACUCCUGUGAGGGGAGAGGAGCCGGUGUUCAUUGUGACAGGUCGCAGGGAGGACGUAGAGAUGGCCAAACGGGAGAUAGUCUCUGCAGCUGAACACUUCUCCAUGAUCCGGGCAUCUCGUUGCAAGGCAGGAGGAACAGGGCCUGGCACAGCAGGCUCCCUCCCUGGACCUCCUCACCUGCCGGGACAGACCACCAUCCAGGUGCGAGUGCCCUACAGAGUAGUGGGUCUGGUUGUGGGGCCCAAGGGCGCCACCAUCAAGCGCAUCCAGCAACAGACACACACCUACAUUGUCACGCCAAGUCGAGAGAAGGACCCUGUGUUUGAGGUGACUGGGAUGCCUGAGAACGUGGACCGUGCCCGCGAGGAGAUCGAGACCCACAUCACACUCCGAACGGGCGCCUUCGUGGACCUUCAGGGAGACAACGACUUCCACACCAAUGGCACUGACGUAAGUCUCGAGGGCCUGGGUUCACUAGCGGGAGGCCUCGGAGCUGCUCUCUGGUCCCGCGCUACUAACCACCACCAGGCCCCUCCACCUCCCCCUCCGCCUCCCCCGCUGCCCCUGGCUAUGCACCACUCCUCCAGCUCCAGGAAGCUGUCCUCCUCCACCUCCUACCACCACACUCACAACGGUGGCCUGCCCUCCGAGAGCUACAGCGCCACCCGUAGGUCCACUGAGGGAGGCAGCCCCACUAGCCCUUUCAGCACAGGCUCAAGCGGCGCCGGGGGAGGAGGGGGCUUCACUUUCGGGGCGGACUCGACCCCUGGUCUGCCCUCCUCUGAAGAACUGGGGUUUGAGUUCACCGCGUCCAAUAUCUGGGCACCGUUUGUCAACGGGGGAAGUGGAGGGAAGACGCCUGGCUCCUCCCAGCAGCAGCAGCCAGUUCGCCGUAACAGCAGUGGUUUAAGCGGAGGUGCUGUCACCCCCCGCGUGUCCCCCACCCUGCCUCCAGAUGCUGGUGUGGGACCCCUGGAUCACCCUCUGGCCCGCCGGGCCCAGAGCGACCCCCUCAGCACCCUCUCCUGGCUGCAGUCGGGCGGCACGGGUGCAGGUUCCUUUUCCGGGGCCUCCAGCUCCAGUUCAGGGGGCUCAUCCACUGGCUACUCCUCCUGCUCAGCCUCUUCCCUGCCCGGGGGCUCCCCCACCGACUCGGAGGGAGGGGGCAGCGCAGGCUUGGGAUCCAGCAUGCUGGGCCGUCUGAAGGCAGCCGCUGUAGCUGGGGCCCUGGCGGGUGUGGGUUCUGGUGUUGUGAACAGGGAUUGCUUUGUCUGCUUUGAGAGCGAGGUGACUGCAGCCCUGGUGCCUUGUGGCCACAACCUGUUCUGCAUGGACUGUGCCGGGCAGAUCUGUCAAUCUUCUGAGCCAGAGUGCCCUGUCUGCCACACCCCCGCCACACAGUGCAUCCGCAUCUUCUCCUAAUGCUCUCCCCCUAAAAACAGUAGACGGAGGGGAGGGGAAGUGGUGUCAUUUAAAAGGAGCAAAACAAAACAAAGAAAAAACGGAAGAAAAAAAAGACUUUACUUACACUCAUAACUAUCCAAAAGACUGCAGGGGUCAUCAACUGUGGAGAAGAGGAAGGACAGAUGGACCGAUUCACACCAAUACAUGUUAUCACACACACAAGAUGGACCAUGACAAUAGGAUGAUUACAUUAUUAGAUACCAUGAUGACACUAUACGGAUGUUGAUUUAUUGCUAAUAACUAUAAUAAGAAUAAUAAUGAUGACAAUAUUAUUCCCUGACUCGAUGUUGAUUGAAACUCUGGACUUUGUAAGCAGUGGAGGCUGGGAUCAGAAAGAGGGUCUCAAGAUGGGAAACUAGUGUCUUAUCUUUCUUCUGGCCUUGGUUUGACCUGGGCCAGUCCAUAUCCUGCCCUAGUUCAGUCCCCAGACGGAGGGUCUGUCGGUCUAUUGUUUUUAUUCUGGCUUCUUAAGAUGUCUCUGCUUUCUCUCUCUCUUCCUUUGACACUUUUGUACUUAACAGAUAUUUUUCGAUGAAGCUGUCCUGGGUCUGCACUUUUCUACUCUUUCUUUACAUGUUGUUUGACAGUAUGUGUACACAGUCAACCAGUCCUCUGGGCUCUCCUGUCCCUUACUCAUGCAGUCAUAUUACCUAAGGAGAAGGCCAGCAUGGAAGAAUGGGGCCUGGAACUUAUUUUAGGAAGGGCAUAGAAUUAGACACCUAUCAGACCAAAUGAGCCUGAGAGGACCCCCCUCUUGCAAGGCUAUAAUGAAGACUGAAACCUAUUUAUACUGCUCGAGAACUGAUCCAGUGUCUUGGUUAAAUGUGUAUUAUAGCAUAGAGUAAGUUAUUGAAGGAAUAUGCCAGAUGAUACAUUUCCCAGCUGUUUUGGUCUGCCUGAAUCUUGCUUGUCUAGAUAGUGAUGUUGCAGAUCGUGUGUGUGUGUGUGUGUGUGUGUGUGUGUGUGUGUGUGUGUGUGUGUGUGUGUGUGUGUGUGUGUGUGUGUGUAAUGUCAAGAUAAUGAUUUAAGCACACCUUAGCUAUAUGUUAAAUGGUGGGACUACUUGUGCUAGGUCCAAGUGCAAGAUUUGUCAAUAGGAACAGGUGUGUUAAGUGAAACAUUUUCUCAUCUCACCCAGUGUGGCUUGCCCCCUUGGAAUGUAAAUAUCCAUCUAUCCACACCAGGUGAACUUCCACUGCCCACUCACAUUCUGUCUGUUACAGGUAGCUCUAUAUAGCUCAACUAGUUUGGAUGUGUGGGGUGUGUGACCAUGUUAACUGACUUCCUACUAUUAUUAUUAUUACUACUACUUUUACAUGGAGUAAUAGGGGGGCGUUAAUUGUAUCACACACGGGAAUGUCUUGUUCAAUCUGGGUUUUGGUUAAGGAAAGCACCUGGAGUUUGACCUGUUUUUCUGUGCACUGUGAACCCAGAGCAAUGAACUACAGUGGUAUUCAGACCCCCUUCUAAACCUUCCGAAGUUGGUUUAAGAGACUUUUGGUCUUCCAUCCUCUCUUCCACAGCAAAGCUGUCUGGCGCGGUCUCAAAUGAGCCAGAUGUAGUGCACUAUAUGGAGGGCGUUUCGAAUUGGAGAUAUGUCCCCUUGUCUCAGUAUCAGUAUCCUUUCUCAAGCGAAAACAGCAUCUUGUUCGAUUUGUGUGUUGGUUGUUUUUUUUGUGUUUCACAUCGACUGCCUCGCCUACGGUGUGUUGAAGUGGGACAUGAGUUGAUUUUGGUGUGAUCGUUUCCACAGGUGCUGUGGUGGCCCUUCAGACUUACAUGGAAGUCUGUUCAUAGAAUGAGACAUGCCAUGACUAGAAAAACGACUAUGAUAAAGGGCUUCCUACAACACAUGCAUUUUUCAGGUUCUCAUCAGUGACAAUAGCAAGAAUAUCAACAUCUCCUAUACGGCAGCUAGUAGCUAGUUCGUUCAGGGCUUCCAGACACUGUUUGUGUUCAAAUCCCAACAGCUGCAGAAUGUGUUGCAUGGUUUUUCUACUUUGUCUGCUUGGUCUAGGGAACCUUGACCAACACAUUAGGCUAACACCAUUCACUCUCAACUCUACAUUCUGGGAGUGAAUUCCUACUAUACAGACACUGAAGCCAUGUUCAUAUACAUUCUGAACACAGCUCUCUUUGACGUCAUGUACAAUCUAACACGGUUGGACAGCUCUCACCAACCACAUCAUGGGAGGGAUGGACUGAGUGGAUGUUCUCAAUGGUUUACCUAAUUUCACCUAAUGUGUGUGUGUGUUCCUCUAGAGGGACUGCGUUUGCCUCGGGUGUGGAGUUCAGCAGGUUUCCUUCCUAAUCUAAUAAAUACUGUCCUUGUUUAUCCCAACCUGAGGUCUCUUUGAUCCGACCGACUCGGUCAGAUAUGAAGGGUAGGACAUCCUCAGUUCUGUCCAGUUUCCCAGACUAGCCAGCCUACGGUGCUUGGGUGCAGCUCCCUACUGAGACAUGAGAACAGAACCCACUGGGCACUUUGUGGGGCAGCUGUAGAUGUUCCUUUAGCUAGAGCUCACCUUUCAACCUGGCAUCCCUGUCUCUACUCUUCACUGGGGGGGGUUCUGUGUAAACUGGCAACCCGUCCCUGCUGGGUUUUUAUUUUGUGUUUUUUUCCUUCUAUCCUCCUGCAGGCCCACAUGAAAGCAGGGGUGUGAAUGUGUCCACAGGAGCCGUUCAACUUGGACUGUUGUGUGAAUCUUUAGUUGUUGUUGUGUUAAGGCCAAUCUGAAGGCCCAGAACUGUGUCCAGGAUGUCGUUCUUCAACUGAAAUAUGUUGAAUCUGUCAGGUGGAUCUAAUGUAGAUUCUUCUGGUGUUCUCACUCUAGGAUAACCCCCUGGCCCAUGGGAGUGUGUGUUAGGGUAAUUGUACAGUAGCAUUAACUGUUAAAAGGUACAGAUAUUCUCUUAUUGACUGCUGAUUUUCAAUUUUAUUUUGCGGAAGCCCUUGCCCUCCCUUCCCUCUCCAAGGUUUGAAAACAGGGUUUUUCAUGUAAGGUUAGCCAGUGACCUUUUUGUGAUGAUGGUGGAUGUGGAGUGUUUCAGCACUCUGGGGUGAACCAGACCCCCUGGAAUCUCUGCCUUCCUAUUUUUGCUUUAAUUCUUUUGUAUGCAGAACCAAAAUGUUAAUGUCAGCAAACAAGGUUUCAGGCCUGACUUGUAUGUAUAUACCCUGAAUACAAUCAGUGGGAUCUCGUUUUCAAAAGGUUACAAUACUUAAUUGAUGAAGAUAAGUGUAGUUUUUAAGAACAUGUAUCAUUAUUUGUAAGUUAACCAUCUGCAUGUCUUCAAGCCACCUGGCGUUAGCUAAUAAUUUUUAAGAUGAAAAAAAAAAAAAAAAAACUUUUUACACAUUUUAUUUUUACAAUUUAUUUGCUUACCUAAAUAUCCCAGACAAUAAUGUGACCCUUUUUAUGACUUCAAAUUUAUUUUUAUUUUCCAUUUUUUAAUUUCCUUUUUUCCUGUGUACAACAUAUAGGCAAUUUAUAACAAAAUGAGAAAAAAUUAUUGAAGAAAUUUUAAAAUUGAAAUAUAUUUUAUUUGAAAGUUUAUGGACCUUUUAACCGUGAGCCAGAACAAUUGUAUACUCUUAUAAUUUGAGCUGACUUGACGGUUAUGAGAAAUGUAUCAAGAGUUUUAUUUUUUAUGCUUCUUUAAUAAAAUCUUGUUUUUGGUUUCAUUUUUUACUGUAAAACAAUAA